AUGGCAGACGAUUUGACCAUUCAAACUGGCAGAAAAGACGGAGGAAUUGUGGUAAUUACAAUGAAAUUAUUUGGGAAAGUGAGCCUACUGAACUGAUGUGAUAGAGGUCGACAUAACAUGAGUGCAUGAUGAUGUGUAAACCUCGUGUGCAACAAAGUAGCUAAAGUUGUAGCUUACUGUGUUCUUGCUUGCAUGGAACUUCAACUGCAUGUAAGUAUUUGUAAUGAAUACUAUAUUUUCCCUCCUAGAUCGACGAUGACUGGCCAGGUUACAGUUUAGAGCUGUUUAACUAUCCAAAACACUACUCUGGAGAUCUAGAGUGUGUUUACAUCCCACAUGGUGUCAUCAUGGACAGGUAAACUAUAUAGCAUGAAUGCAGAAGGCCUAUUUACCAAUUCACUUGUAUCUUUAUUUUUCUUUCUUUCUGUGUGAUCACUGACAUUGGGAAACUACAAGACUUUCAGUCGCCCAGUCCUCAGUGGUCAAACAGAACAGGGGACAAGGAAAGGAAGUAAUUAAAAUACAUUAUCGGGAUGUUAUCAGAGUGAGGAUGCAAAGCCAAUAGCCUACCUACAGUAUAUAGAGAUGGAUAGCAGCUUGGAGAGAGAGAGAUUGGAUUGAGUAAAGGCGCCUGCAUACUAGGUUCGGUUUGCUCCUAGCAGAACUUGGCUAGUCGAAACGAACGUAUGUGCCUCGCAUAAUCACUUAAAACCCUUUCCUGUGGUCAAACUACCAAAUCGCCCUCUAGUAGCCUCAUGGGUGAAAAAAAAAAAAAAAACGGUGUUUCUAUGUCAUACGGUUUUGUUAUAGUUUAGUCUUAUGUGGUGUGUAAUAUUGGGAUGCAAGCUCAAAAUUGAAUACAUUUCAACUCUAUAUCUGACAUGGUACAGGUGUCUUCUUAUUUUUUAAGUCCAUAACCAUGUGGGUGAUGUGUAUACUCACUAACUGUAGGUCGCUCUGGAUAAGAGCGUCUGCUAAAUGACUAAAAUGUAACUGUAAAAUAUAUACUUUUGUUUCAAAGUAAAUUUGAUUAAGACUACCAAAAAACACUAUGUGUCCCUGAUUUAGCCCAAUGCAGUAAAAGGUUGGAAAAUAAGAAAAAAGUGGCAAUAUUACGGUUUGUACCUCUUGAGAUGCCAUAGCAACAACAUAGCCAGUAUACACUUCCUCAAAAUAGUCCUAAUGAAUCUAAGAUAAAUCAAUAAUUUUGAUGUUUUUGCAAAGGAGUUCUUAGGGUGUUUUCACACUUGGUCCCUUUCAGGCAAUUUUUGUGGACUCAGUGCGGUUCGCUUAAUUUUUUGUCCAGUGUGAACACCCCAAAGGAACUCAGAACCCUCAAAAGAGCCUGCGAACCGAACUGAGACCAUCUCGACAGGUGGUCUGAGUUCAAUUCGCUUUAAAUCCUUGGUCCGGUUCCCUUUUUUAGGGCAAUGUGAACACAAAGCUCCCUAGGUUCGCUUGUCAUUAUUCCCCCACCACACACUAGACUACUGCAACAUUGUUUCCCCUGCCAUAACCCCUCACAUUGGUGCAACAAAAGAGAGAAGAUGAUGUGCAGAUUAGCGAUUGUCAAGGAUGCACAGAAAUUAAUUUUAAAGAUCUUUUUUUUUUUUUUUACCCCCUUUUCGUGAUAUCCAAUUGGUAGUUAGUCUUGUCUCAUCGCUGCAACUCCCCUACGGACUCGGGAGAGGCAUGCGUCCUCCGAAACACGACCCUGCUUCUUGACACACUGCUCGCUUAACCUGGAAGCCAGCCGCACCAAUGUGUCGUAGGAAACACCGUCCAGCUGGCGACCGAAGUCAGCUUGCAGGCGCCCGGCCUGCCACAAGCAGUCGCUAGAGCGCGAUGGGAUAAGGAAAUCCCGGCCGGCCAAACCCUCCCCUAACCCGGACGACGCUGGGCCAAUUGUGCGCCGCCUCAUGGGUCUCCCGGUCAUGGCCGGCUGUGACACAGCCUGGGAUCGAACCCGGGCGAUGCAGUGCCUUAGACCACUGCACCACUCAGGAGGCAAGAAAUUCAGUUUUUUGUUCAAAUUAUUUGUUUGCAAUAUGUGAUCUAUAAGCUAAGAGAGCUUUAUAAGCUGUUUAUUCGUUUGUUGGGUUUGAAUAGUGUGAGAAGACAACAUUUGGUGAGAAUUACAACAUAGGGUACAAAAUCGUUCUAGCUCUUAAAGGGGCAGUAGCCUAAAUUGUGUUUACAAUUUUCAAUUACUUAAUUAUUUAAUCUAUAGUUAUUCUUAUGCUAUUUAUUCUGUAACCAAUAAUAUUUACAUGUCAAUAGUAUCUUCUGAUUACAAUUAUUAUGUCUAAUCUUUUAACUAAAUCUAUUUGCUUCCAAAAUGUAAGUAGGUGUGUGUAUAUAUAGCUGUCUGAUAACUCGUUCUGAUGGGAUGGCUUGUCUCGCACUUUGUAAAAACCCAGAGUGCAUUGAGUGAAUGUUGGAAAAAGAUCUUGGUUCCUUAAUAAACAUAGCAAUGUGAAUGCAAAGAGGACUCGGACCACAAAAUAGGUGAACUGAACUGGUAAAAGAGUUGAGUCCUCAUUCAAAGGCAAGGGCAGUGUGAAUACAAAGAGAACUGAGUUAUUUUGCUUUUUUUACCCCAGAGUUCACUUUAAAGAGGACUGAGAUCGGUUCCUUUAAAGAGGACUAUAUGUGAAAACACACUUACAUGCUGACCAAACCGUCCGCAUUGCAAAAUAAAUGUACACAUGUUAUUCAAUAAUUUAAUACAAACUGCUUGCACGCGUCUGCGUAGCCAGGCACUAAAAUAGACUACGUUAAAAUAUAACUUGGUUCUAUUGUAGAUGCGUGACGCACCGCAAGUCCAGCCUCUCCCAUCUACUCAUUGGUUUUUAGGAGUAUACUAACCCACGUGGUUGAUUGAAAGAUGAAUGAGGUCCACACUCCAGUCCAGUUGGUGGCGGUAGUGCACCUUAAAGUUGGUUGCCAACUGCUAUAUAAAAUCCACAAAAUAAGAAGAAGAAUGAACAAGGAGAGAUUCAUCAAACCUAACAAAAAACUAACUAAGUUUCCCCUUUUAUCUGUGGAUUAAUUGUUGGAGUAGAGCACACAUGAUUUUGUGAGACUCAAAAUGGGUCAAAAUUCUACAAGGAUCCAGCAAAUAAAAGGACCAUAUGCAUCUCAGGUAAAAUAACAACCCAAUGUUUAUCUCCCAGAACAAAUUAGCUAGCAACAGCAAGCUAGCUAAAUGUCCAUGAAUGUUUCAUGUGUGUUUUGACCUGACCCCAAAUUAAUAUAGUUGGUUCACAGUUGGUUUUGGUAUUUUAACCUGCGUGUCAUGAACGCGUCUGGUGGGGAUAGACAAAGUCAACAUGCAGACGCAUGCGUGGAGGCAGUUUUAUCAUCAUGUGAGUUGCGAAAUUUUACAUCUAACUAAGAUGUUUGGUGCAGUAUUUCUCAAGUGAAAAAAUCUGCAAGUCUCUCGUUGAAUGACAACAUACACUUCAUUGAAGAAUCCUAUCCGUAUUUCCCACUCCUACUUGGAGUAGUACUGUUGACCAAUCACCGACGAAGGGGUGUAGACUUCGGCUACCGAACUUCGACUUGCCUCAAGAAAAAAAUGUGCUCAAACAGCCGGAAAAAAUCUGCCGACCACCAAAAUGAACAAAAAGUCACAGAAUUGUCAUAAUAUAUGCACAAACGGUUUAGACUGGGAAGCAUGCAACAGGCUUUACUUUCUUUCACAUACUUGUGUUGCAGGACAGAGCGGCUUGCCCGUAACAUCAUGGGUGACCUGGGCGACCAUGACAUUGUGGUGCUAUGUGUUCUGAAAGCCGGGUACCAGUUCUGUGCCGACUUGGUGGAGAGGAUCAAAGCACUGAGUCGCAACUCAGACCACACUCUGCCCAUGAGUGUCAACUUCAUCCGUCUCAAGAGUUACGUGGUAAGGACCUAAAUAACCAUUUUUUAAAUGCUGGACAAGUGGACAAUUCUUCCAUGAUGCAUUCCGUCCUAAGACUCAGUGAAAUCAGAUGAAUUUUUAUUCAGAUAAAAUUGUCACAGCUUGAAUUGUAGUGUUUCUUUCUCCGGUCCUUGGAUGCCUGGUAUGGGCUUCUGUCAUGCCUGUUGUCAUUUACAGCUGGCAAUAAUAUACGUUGUAUGUUUUGACAGUAUUAUUAGUGUUAUAUAUUACUGUAAGCUUUUACACAAAACUUGACCAAAUCUUUCCCUUUCUUGUAGAAUGAUCAGUCCACAGAGGAUCUCCACAUCGUUGGAGCAGAAGACCUCUCUUUCCUGACUGGGAAGGUAAGUAUCCCUGCUGUACACAACAAAUAUAACAUAUACAGACAAGCAGUGAAUUAUUUGGGUUAUGGUAUGUAACGGCAGUUCUCUGAAGGAGUUGAGGGAGACAUCUCACUAUGGGACAUGCCCUUUUUUGCGGGUCAUUGGUUGAAGCCUUAUUCAAUCCUAACAGGCCAAUCAGAGCUUUGUGGGUGUAUGCCCCACAUGUCUAUAUAACACCCUGCACUGCUCUGGUUUCCUCAUUCUAAAAACUACCUCUUACAUGAGUCGUGCAAGAGGGGCAAUCUGGUGAGAUGUCUCUCUCAUCUCCUUCAGAGAACCGGGGUUACAUACCGUAACCCAAAGUUCUCUUUCAGUCGACUCAGUUCGGCAUUUCACAAUGGGACACGUGCAAAACGCCCUGAUUGCCAAUAGCCAGUUUCCUGAGAAGCCUGUUGUGGUACAUGGUAAUGUAUCUGAUCCACUGGAGGGAAGGCGUACAGAAGCACGUAUAGCCACUUGUGGGCCAGCGCGUCCACGCCUAGAGGAGCAUUGUGAUCUCUCAUCGAAGAACAAGCGACAGUGCAUGUUGUCCUGCAAUGCGUAAAGAUCGACGGCAGCCCUGCCGUAACGCCCCCAUACCUCCUCGACGACAACGUGAUGAAUUCGCCCCUCCCCUGAUGCGGGAUCUCUCUCGCCAGAGAGUGAAGUUGAUGGGAGCGCGUUCGUCCUUGGCAGUUGAUAUAUGCCACUGUAGACGUAUUGUCUGACCUGACCAGGACAUGUUGGCCCUGUAGGAAUGGAUUUAAGUGCCUGAGGGCUAGUAAUAGUGUAGAGCUCAAGAAUGUUGAUAUGGGCUUUACUUAUUGAUUCUGACCAUACGCUGUUCACUGUACGCCCAUCGUGGACAGCCCCCCAUCCCUGUAGUGAUGCAUUCGUUGUCACUACUUUGUGCAUGAAGACUCUCCCAGCAGGGCAGCUUGUGUCAAGAGCGAUGGGUCUCUCCAUCAUUAAAGUGCCGAUAGACACUUUGCAGAGAGAAGCACACGCAUGUGCCGGUGGAGAGACAGGUCCAAGCGGAGUGAGGUCACCCAACGCUGGAAGUCUCUCAUGAGGAGGAGACUAAGCGGAACUACCACAAUCAUGGAGGCCACGAGCCCAAGAAGACUCGGACACAUCCAGUACGUGACUGAUGUUGUCGGGCAGAACACUCAUAGGCAGUGAUGAAAAGCCAUCACUCUCUCCACAGUGAGGGCUGCUUGACAGGCUACAGAGUCCAGAGACAAUCCCAAAAAUAUUUUCUAAUGGGUUGGUAAAAGCAAGCUUUUGGCACGAUUUAUCCUGAAGCCUAGAGCGAGCAGGUGCGACAAAAGUUAGGCUGUGUGCUCAGCUGCCUGAGCCUGAGUGUCCGCGAAGAUCAACCAGUCAUCCAUGUACGUCAGGACUCUUAAGCCUUUCUCCUGUAGGGAGGCUAGGGUGGCUUCGGCACACUUUGUGAAUGUCCGUGGGGCAAGGAAACAGACCGAAUGGUAAGGUGAGAUAUUCAUAGGCUAUGCCCUCAAAGGCGAACCUUAGAUAUCUCCUGUGUGCAGGAUAAACUCAGAUGUGGAAAUAAGCAUCCUUAACGUCUACUGUGGUGAACCACUCAUUUGGCUGAGUCGAAUCUAACAGCAUGCCAUGCGUUAGCAUUCAAAAUCUGUAGACUCUCAGAUGCUUGCUGAGCUUCCUCCUUCUUCCCUCGGUACCAUGCAUAUGGCUCCCUUGGCCAACAGAGGCUGUAUCUCGUCUCUGAGGACUCUGACUGCUUCCCCCUGUGCAGUGUGCAGUGGACUGUUCCCAUGAAACGCGGGGGGACCCCUGCAAAUUGUAGUCUGUACAUAAGACCCAAGGGGAGACUGGACACGUGCGCCACUGCUCUCUGUGAGGCGCAACGGAACCCACCUGUCCCCUGGGGGGGACGGGGAGCCCUGUGGCAGUAGUGGGGUGACUGCCACAGGGCUCCCCCAUCCACCGCAUGUGGGCAACCUGUCCCGUGGAAGGGACGGGGGGGGGCUGCCAGGCCUGGUGGCAGGACAAGGACACCCUCGAGGGGUUGAUUGUUUUGCAUGGGAACAUUCUGAAUCAUCACCCUCGGCCCAUGGGCCUGGAUGUGAAGGGAACUCUUUAUUUGAAAACUGAAGUUGGGGAACAUUGGUGUUGACCCGCCCCAACGAGGGCUUAUGUGUCUUGAGGUGUAAACGAGCUUGUGUGACCUGACGCAAGACUCCUGAGGAGUCUCUGGUCAUUUUCCUCGAGCCCCCGCCUUGCGCUAGGUGUGCCGCUUCUUCCCCUUCCCUCUGGAUGGAGCCGAGGGAGUCUCUGCCGCUCGUUGCUUGGAGUGACGCCUGUGUCCUGAGGCAACGCGUUGCUGGUGAGCGGACUGUCUGUCGCUGGGUGGGAGUUGCCGGAGAAGGCUGCUGAGGCUUCUUAUGGAUCCUCCCGUACUGGGAGGGAGGCCUCAUGGUGACAACCUGGGAGAAUGUGGGUUUGUUUCCAUGGUAACAGGGAGCCCAGCGCCUCAAUCUCCUUUUUCUUAGACUCAAACCUGGCCUGUAUCUCCGAUAUGGCUGGUCCAAACAGUCUGGUGGGAUUGAUCUGUCCAUUCAGGAUCUUUCCCUUCUCCCUCUCAGACAGCCUUGCAUUGUUCAGCUAGAGGGCUCUCUGGCCAACGGUCGCAUGCACCAUGACCCUCCCAGCCAUGACUUGAGGGUCCGGGUGGUAUGGUCGGCAAGGUGACUUAGCUCCAUUAGCUUCUCCCGGUCGACGGUGCCACCAUUCGCCAGGGAGUCGCACAGCUCCUUAGCCUGCACCGCCAUGUAGACGGAGAGGAAGGCAGCAGGGCUGCAGAUCGGUAG